AUGGAAAAAUCCAUUCCAAAGGGUCAAGCAUCUAAGUCAAGUGUUGAGACACCUGCUGCCUCAAACAGACCACCACCACCUUUUCCCCAAAGGUUGCAAAAACAGAGGCAAGACAAUCAGUUUAGAAAAUUUUUAGACCUCCUAAAACAGUUGCAUGUCAACAUUCCAUUCGUGGAUGUAUUAGAACAAAUGCCCACUUAUGUGAAAUUCAUGAAAGAAAUUCUUUCAAGAAAAAGGAGGCUAGAAGAGUUUGAGACUGUUGCUCUUACACAAGAGAGCAGUCAAUAUUUGCUUAGUAAGAUACCUGCCAAAUUAGGAGAUCCAGGAAGUUUUACAAUCCCUUGCACCAUAGGAGACCAUUACAUAGGCAGAGCAUUGUGUGAUUUAGGUGCUAGUAUCAAUUUAAUGCCUAUGAGUGUGUUCAAGAAGCUGAAAGUAGGAGAGCCUAAUCCUACCACUGUAACUUUAUAG